UAAUGAAACGCCAGCCUUUUUGUGAGUCAAUUUACACGAGACUAGCUAUUCAAUUUCAAUUGCCAUUCAAUUUCCAUUAGCUUGGCUGCCUGGCCCCUGGGGAAAUCCAGCUAAGUUAGAUCCAGUUGUGGAGUCACUGCCGCCAUGAGAGGUCUACUUCUGGUUCUGAUGCUCUUCAUUUUCGCCAUUCUGACGGCCCGGGCUCUAAACUGCCAGCCGUGUAAGUUACUGGAAGCCCGCAAGGCACAUGCAAAUGAAACGAGUACCCAGCAGAUGUGAGAAAAAGUGCCGAGUGUUGGAUGUUUUUGAUGUUUUGGGGGUCGCGAGAGCAGUGCGAAGUAAUCAGCAGCUUGUUUGACUAAUUAGCAAAACUUACGCACACACAAACACUCACAAAGGCAUCGACAACUUUUAUUCACACUCUCGACAAACGACUUAUUCGAAACUCAGUCUUAAUUGAAUGCUCGCAGCGAAACGACGACGUGUUCCGCACAG